AUGGAGGAAGAAAUCUUUCCUUCACCAUACUCUCCUCUCCAACCCUUCUCGCCUGAAAUACAGGAGGAAGAUGAAGAUGCAGAAGAGAACAUGCCACCAGCCCCCUCUGCACCAGAGGGUCCUGCCCAGUCAACCUGUCGGCGCCGAGGAAUUACGCCUCCCCACAACUCCACUGCCCUUCCCCUUCGCCCCGUAGGUCCCGUAGAUGAAAAUGGCCAACAGCAACUCCAGUACUGGCCGUUUGCCACUAGUGACCUAUACAACUGGUGUACCCAAAACGCCCCCUUUUCUGAAAAACCCCAAGACUUGAUUUGUUUGCUUGAAACUGUCCUUUUCACUCACCAGCCCACUUGGGACGAUUGUAACCCUUUACAGGUUCUUUUCACCACCGAGGGGAGGAGUCGCAUCCGAGAGGCGGCCCGAAAACUUGUCCCCGGCCCAACCGGAGCGCCCCUCACAGAACCUACCUCAAUCGCAGUCUCCUUUCCUGAGACUCGACCAACAUGGGAGUACAACACGGCUGAAGGUAGGGAACGACUCCUCAUCUACCGCCAGGCUCUGUUGGCAGGUCUCAAGGCGGCGGCUCGCCGACCUACUAAUAUGGCCAAAGUCUAUGAUGUGAGGCAGGGAGAAAAUGAAAGUCUGGCAGCAUUUCUCGAACGGCUCAUAGAAGCCUUUAGCCAGUACACUCCCUACGAUCUUGAAACUCAGGAAUCCGCUCAGAUUGUUAUGUUCACCUACAUAAAUCAAGCUGCCCCGGACAUAAAGCGAAAGCUACAGACAAUAGACAGGCUUGGUGAAAAAUCUGUUAGGGACUUAGUAGCAGUGGCGGAGAAGGUCUAUAACAAAAGGGAGACAGAGGAGCAGAGACAGGAGUGAAAGGACAGGGAACGUGAAGCUGAACGUGAAAGGAGAGAUAGGGAAAAAGAAAAGAAUUUGGCUAGAAUCCUGGAGCAGCAACAAGCACAACAGACUAGAAUUUUAGCACAGCAACAAGCCCAGCACAGAAGAGAUAUUAGAGAAAUCUUAACCUCUCCUCGUCCUAGAAAACCUAGAGUAGGAGAAAACCAGUGUGCCUAUUGCAAGGAGAGAGGACAUUGGCUCAGGGACUGCCCAGAACUAGCCAGAAAGGAGGAGAUAAAACAAAAAGUAGGAUCCAGAGUGUUGCCAGCCUUAGAGCUAGCUGAAGACAGUGACUGGGGGAGUCGGGGCUCAGACCCCCUCCCUGAGCCUAGGGUAACUUUGAAAGUGGAGGGGAACCCAGUCACAUUCAUGGUGGAUACGGGAGCAGAAAACUCAGUACUAGUAGCCCCGAGGGGGCCGAUGUCCGCUAAAACAACAUGGGUGCAAGGUGCAACUGGCACCAAACCCUAUAAAUGGACUACCCGAAGAACAGUGGACCUAGGAGUGGGCCGGGUAACCCACUCAUUUCUAGUCAUUCCUGACUGCCCCUACCCAUUGCUUGGACGUGACCUCUUAACAAAAAUGAAGGCUCAGAUACAAUUCACCAGUGAUGGAGCUUUGGUAACAGACUCAAGCUGGAAGCCUGUAAAUAUAUUAGUCACUAGCAAACUAGAAGAGGAGUACAGGCUAUACCAGCAUCUCAAGCCUGAGUCUCCAGAAAAUGAGUGGUUAUAGGUGUUUCCCCAGACAUGGGCAGAAACUGGGGGGAUGGGACUGGCAAAACAUCGUCCUCCAAUCUUUGUGGAACUCAAAGCUGGGGCUGACCCAGUAAAAGUUCACCAGUACCCCAUGUCACUAGAAGCAAAGAGUGGGAUCACCCCCCACAUCAGAAAAUUGUUAGAAUCGGGAAUCCUAAAACCCAUCCAGUCAGCCGGGAACACUCCACUACUGCCUGUCAAAAAGCCUAACUCCAAUGACUAUAGACCAGUACAGGACUUGAGAGAAGUAAACAAAAGAGUAAUGGACAUUCAUCCAACCGUUCCAAAUCCAUAUACUUUGCUGAGUUCCUUACCACCAAGCCACGUGUGGUAUACUGUGCUAGAUUUAAAGGAUGCCUUUUUUAGCCUGCCCUUAGCCCCACAGAGCCAAAAUUAUUUUGCAUUCACCUGGCAUGACCCUGAAAUCGGGAUAAGCGGCCAACUGACCUGGACUAGGCUGCCUCAAGGAUUCAAGAAUUCGCCCACCAUCUUCGAUGAAGCACUGCAUGAAGACCUGAGUGAGUACCUCUCUAAAAAUCCUGAGAUAAGCCUGUUGCAAUAUGUGGAUGACUUGUUGAUAGCUGCCCCAGACAAAAUCAGCUGCCUGAAAGGGACAGCUAGGCUCUUAAAGACUCUUGGCAAUCUAGGCUACAGGGCCUCUGCUAAAAAGGCACAGAUUUGCAAACCUAAAGUCACCUAUCUGGGUUUCAUACUAAAAGAAGGCAAGCGUUGGCUGUCAGAUGCAUGAAAAGAGACUGUGCUAAAAAUUCCUGUGCCCAAGUCAGCCAGGCAAGUCAGAGAGUUCCUAGGAACAGCGGGCUUUUGCCGGCUGUGGAUACCUGGGUUCGCUGAAAUGGCCAAGCCCUUGUAUGAAGCCACCAAAAAUGUCCCAGAAUUCCAUUGGACUGAACAAAUGCAAAAGGCCUUUGAGGCAGUUAAGAAAAGCCUCCUAGAAGCCCCUGCCUUAGGCCUACCUGAUGCGAAUAAACCAUUCACCCUAUUUGUGGCUGAAAAUAAAGAGAUAGCAAAAGGGGUGCUCACCCAGCCAAUUGGGCCUUGGAAAAGACCGGUCGCCUACUUAUCCAAGAAAUUGGAUCCUGUUGCUGCUGGGUGGCCCCCGUGCUUGAGAAUAAUAGCCGCAGUGGCCCUCUUAGGAAAAGAUGCAGACAAAUUGACCUUGGGACAAAACCUGACUGUGGCCACUCCACACGCUCUGGAAGGGGUGCUAAAACAACCACCCGACCGAUGGAUGAGCAAUGCCCGCAUGGUCCAUUACCAAACCUUGUUACUUAACCCCAUGCGUAUCAGUUUCUGCAUACCGACAGCAUUAAACCCAGUUACCUUGUUGCCGGAUCCGGACCUGGAAGCGCCUCUGCAUGAUUGCGAGCAGAUCCUGGCCCAAACACAUAUUCUCAGGCCUGACUUGCUGGACUCACCGCUACCGCAGGCCGAGCACACCUGGUUCACCGAUGGCAGCAGCUUCAUGCGAGAAGGAAAAAGGUAUGCAGGCGCGGCAGUCACCACGGACACUGAGAUAGUGUGGGCAGAGGCACUCCCCCAAGGAACUUCUGCACAGAGAGCAGAACUGGUGGCACUAACAAAAGCCCUACAAAUGGGGAAAGGAAAGAGACUAAAUAUAUACACGGACAGUCGGUAUGCGUUUGCUACCGUACAUGUUCACGGAGCUAUCUACCAGGAGAGAGGGUUAAUGACGGCUGAAGGAAAAACUGUUAAAAACAAGCAGGAGAUUCUAAAUCUCAUUCGGGCUCUCUGGGAACCAGUCAAGAUUGCUAUCAUGCAUUGUCCAGGACAUCAAAAGGGAGUUGAUUUAGUGACUAAAGGAAAUAACUUGGCAGACCAAGCAGCCAAGGAGGCGGCCCUCCAACCUAGAGCAGAAAUAUUAACCCUAGCAGAUCCAGGGCCACGGACUCUGCCUUCUGUUGACUGGUGGAGAACUUGUGAAGGGAAACUUAUCUUGACACAAGAACUAGGUAAGGGGGUUCUCAAGAGAAUCCACCAGGCUUCCCAUAUGGGGACCCGAAGAAUGCAGGACUUGCUUCGCCACUCAAAAGUAAAAAUUAGACAGAGAAACCAAAUUGUUGAGGACAUUGUCAAAGGUUGCAAAGCCUGCCAGCUCACCAAUGCAGCGGCUCAACCAAUUAUGAAAGGAAGCCGCCUUCAUGGAGACAGGCCAGGUGUGUAUUGGGAGGUAGACUUUACAGAAAUUAAACCUGGAAGAUUUGGAUACAAAUAUUUUCUAGUUUUUGUAGACACCUUUUCAGGAUGGGUUGAAGCUUAUCUGAUAAAACAUGAAACUGCAAACGUGGUGGCCAAGAAGAUCUUGGAAGAAAUCUUACCCAGGUAUGGCUUCCCAUCCUCCAAUGGGUCGUACAACAGACCGGCCUUCGUCUCAAAAGUAAGUCAGGGAGUAGCCACUGUACUGGGGACUGAUUGGAAAUUACAUUGUGCUUAUAGACAGAGUUCAGGGCAGGUAGAAAGAAUGAAUCGAACCCUAAAAGAGACCUGGACUAAAUUGGCCCUAGAGACUGGCACAGAUUGGGUGUCACUCCUUCCUUUUGCCUUAUUUAGAGUAAGAAACUCUCCUUAUCAGCUUGGCUUUACUACCUUUGAAAUAAUGUACGGGCACCCCCCGCCCAUUGUUCCCAGCCUUCAGACUGAAUUGCUUGCAGAUUUAGAUGAUACUGAAUUUCUAUGUAAACUUAAUCAUUUACAGCUUGUGCAUAAGAGUGUGUGGCCUCAACUUAAGGCACUACAUGAUUCUGCUUCUGUCCCUACCCCUCAUUUAUUUAGACCAGGGGACUGGGUGUUCUUUCGGAGACACAACCCAAACUGCUUAGAACCACGGUGGAAGGGACCCUACGUAGUGCUACUGACUACAACCACUGCCCUCAAGGUAGACGGCAUUGCCGCCUGGGUUCACUACUCCCACGCCAAACCAGCUGAUCCCUUCGCGUUGGACGAAGAUUUCCGUGGAGAAACCUGGGAAGGCUCCAAACAUCCAGACCAGCCACUCCGCCUUCGCCUCAAGAAACGAAAGUUAGACUGCAUAUUGCUACUAUUAUGA